AUGGCGGCGUCUCGCAAGAGGGUCUACAAGCAGAUAGCGGUGUUCUUACCUCUUGAAAGAAGCGAUGCUGACCCCCUCCAACGUGUCAAGGCUGACGCUCAGGUGCCAGCGAGAGAAAAGGCCUUGGACGGCGGAUUUCUUUAUGUCAAAGAGAUCUCCCUGGGAGCAAAGAAUAAAUUCCGCGCAGACACCGGUGAAAGGAUUCCCUUGAUGGGGAGCGUCUUCAUAGUCCAGUCCGUAGCAACGGGCGAGCUAUUCUUGAACAAGAUCUUAGAGCGACCGAUCGAUGACAACACAAAUUUAGCGUUGCCGCCGCUCGAGCUGAGGUGUUCGACAUACACCCGCAGGAUAGAUGACCCGUCCGUGGACUUACCUCCUAAUGCAAUUCCCGGGCCCAAUGGAAUAGUGCGGAAGGGAGUUCUGCCGGAUGUGCCCUAUUUCAACAAGCUGCGGUUCUGGCAGCAGCUGACCCAUCUCAGAGAUCCCCACCCUGUCAGAGUCUACUCAAUGUAUUUCGAGCUUGUAGCGGAGCAGCUAUUCCUGGCAAUAGUGGCAAUGAAAUUCGGCAGGUACACUUAUCAUGACGGUAGUGUAUUUAGGACUAAACAAAUUCCGAACUGGACUAGAGUCUAUCACCGUGACCUACACCCUAACAACGUUUUCAUAAACUACAUACCCAAAGGGGCCGGUCGUGUCCCAAAAGUAGGCAUCGUGAACAAUGCGUUCCCCGAGAUCGUGGUCGGGGACCUUGGAAACUCGGGAGUCGAGGGCGACGACCCAGCGAUACUACCACAGGCCAUCUACCAGCCGUUGGACGAGAACCAGGGGGACGACGGUGGGAACCUGUAUGACUGGGAGGACAUUUAUUCAACUGGAGAGAUGCUGCGGAAAAUGAGCAUGACGCACAGCGCCACCGGGCGGCCCAAUGACCUCGACAUGAGACCUGACAACCUGCUGGUUGACGACGUGAACCAGGAGCCGACGGCACCACCUUACUCUGACGAUCUUAUCAAUAUGUUGCAACUCUUCGAGUGGGAUAACAUGGGGAACACAACAGUACGCGACAUUGGGGACGAUGAUGCGGUAAACGCGGCGUUCCCCAGCCCGGACAUGGUGAAGAAUACGCUGCUACCCCAGGCACAGGGAAAGGUUCGGGGUUAUAAGGACCCAGCGGGGAAACCCGCCGGGUAUUUUGACACGAUCGACGUGUCGUGGACCAGGCCGGAAGAUCCCAUGCCGUUCUCCUACAUCAUGAGGUACGCGACAGAUGCGGGAGAUAUGGUCGACGGACAGCCGCCCCCGGACGACGGCGGCAGCAGCAGCUCCGGCGGCAGUUCCGGGAGCGGUUCCGGUGAUGGCCAUGACGAUGGAGACUCGCCGAUGCCGGACUCGCCCCCGGCCUCCGGUGCGGGUCAUGAUGGUUCCCAGGGCCAGUCGGACGACGGGUCACAGCAGCAGCCAGGGAGCCAAGCGAGUUCGGGCACAGGAAGUAGCGGCUCAUCCUCGAGGGCUUCACCUCCCCCGGCACCGCAGCUUCCUGCCGAUCAGGUGGCCAUGCAGAGCCUGAGAACGAUGCACAAGUGGAACACCGCGAAGCCGCGAUACGAGCUGCGCAACCUCGAGUUUGGGACCCCUACCAUAUUGCCGCUCAAGGGCCCUCCAUAA